AAACUCGCAAGAUACCAUUUCAGAUAAGUUUGAAGAUCGUAAGAGCUAGGUUUGGUGGAAUCCUAAGUCAGCUGGGUUGGCUAAAAUGGCCAAUUUUUGGCCACGCCUGCUCUAUGCGGUGGCAAUAUGCUUGAUAGCCACUGAGGUGGUGGUGGCUGCCGACGGCGACGACCCUUAUUACCUUUCGCCGCCUCCACCGCCUUAUGUUUACAAUUCACCGCCUCCACCACCUCCUUAUGUCUACAAGUCUCCACCUCCUCCGCCAUAUGUCUACAAGUCCCCACCACCACCUCCAUACGUGUACAAGUCCCCGCCUCCUCCGCCUCCUUAUGAGUACAAAUCGCCUCCGCCACCUCCCUAUGUAUACAAGUCACCACCACCGCCUCCUUAUGAAUACAAAUCUCCGCCGCCCCCACCACCUUAUGUAUACAAGUCCCCACCACCACCUCCUUAUGAGUACAAAUCACCGCCUCCCCCUCCACCGCCUUAUGUAUACAAGUCACCACCACCACCUCCCUAUGAAUACAAAUCUCCACCGCCCCCUCCACCACCUUAUGUAUACAAAUCUCCACCACCACCUCCAUAUGAGUACAAAUCACCACCGCCCCCUCCACCACCUUAUGUAUACAAAUCUCCACCACCACCUCCAUAUGAGUACAAAUCACCACCGCCCCCUCCACCACCUUAUGUGUACAAGUCUCCUCCACCUCCACCCUAUGUCUACAAGUCUCCACCACCUCCUCCUUACAUUUAUAAGUCGCCUCCACCGCCGCCUUAUGUGUACAAGUCUCCUCCGCCUCCUCCAUAUGUCUAUUCAUCACCACCUCCACCACCUUACAUAUAUAAAUCGCCUCCACCGCCGCCUUAUGAGUACAAGUCUCCUCCACCUCCUCCAUAUGUCUAUUCUUCGCCACCUCCGCCGCCUUACAUAUAUAAAUCGCCGCCGCCGCCUCCUUAUUUGUACAAGUCUCCUCCACCUCCUCCAUACAUCUAUUCAUCACCACCUCCACCGCCUUACAUGUACAAAUCGCCGCCCCCGCCUCCUUAUGUCUACAUGUCUCCACCGCCACCUCCGUACUAUUACACCUCUCCUCCACCUCCCGCGGUCCCCUACUAGACCGACCUUUUGCUGUGCACCUUUAUUCACAUACGUGUAACCUGUCUGCUACGAAUUCAAUAAAGCACGAAGACGAGCAUUGCUUGGAUUCUUCGAUUACGCCAUAAAUGUGUUUUGUUGAACUUAGUCUUAGUAUACUUGUUUACUCCUAGGUACACACAACUAUGUAACCGAUUUCCUCGUCUCACUAGGUGUCUUUUGUUUUUUUUUUUCUACGCAUGGCUUUCCUUGUCUACACAUUAUGCUGAGAUCAAUAAAUAAGAAAUGAAAGCUCCCUUAUCAUGUC